AUGCCAAUAGAGCGAACGUUGGGGCUCUCACUCGACUACGGCAGCGAUUCGUUUGUGGUGAGCGCAAGCAUAAAACUGGAUGGAACGCCGAAACGAGAAAUACUUCGAGAAACGUCAAGCGUCUACAACACAUUUGGGUUUCUUUCACCGGUGUUGCUACACGCAAAAAUUAUCCUGCAAGCUGUAUGCAGAAAAUCGGUUGGCUGGGACGAUCAACUAGACCAGACGACCAUCGAUGAGUGGCAACAUUGGGCCGUCUCCCUCUCGAAGCUAAGACCGCUCUCCGUCUCACGAUGUUUUAACCCAGAGCUACCAAAAGCGCGAGGUGUGGGACUUCAUCUGUUUGCUGACGCAUCGGAAUCGGCAUGUGGUGCCAUCGCCUAUCUCAAAUUUGACAAUCCCGACGGCGUAAAGGUGUCAUUUGUCAUGGCCAAGGCAAGAGUGGCACCCAUCAAAUACGUUUCGAUUCCCAGACUUGAGCUGUGUGCAGCAUUACUCGCCGCCCGUCUAGCAUCAGUGAUCAAGUUAGAACUCCGACUAAAAAUCGACCAAGCCACAUUCUCGUCGGACUCCAUAACGGUUUUGAGAUGGAUCAACUCUCCAGACUAUCGAUUUCAUGUUUACGUUGGAAACCGAAUAGGCGAAAUAUUGAAGUUGUCCGAAAGUAGUCAAUGGCGUUAUGUCCCUAAAACUCAAAACCCAGCAGACGACGUCAGCCGUGGCGUCGCAUCCACAGAAUUUUCCAUCGAACAACGUUUCAUUACCGGACCAUCUUUCCUCUAUCAAUCACCGCAAAACUGGCCGGCCUUCCCCGAUGUAAAAUAG